CCCAACGACCGGCAAAGAACCGAGCGCCCAUCAAGAUCACCGCUGGCAAAGAUUGUGGUGCGCGUCGUCGUGGGGAGAACUCAGCGAAGCGAUCAGUCCCCGUCGCUUAUUUUCGUGGUUCCUUUUGUGCCGUGCGGUUGUGCUGUGCUGUCGUUCGCGCGCGUUGUGACUCGUUUGUGCGUAUUACGCCUCACCUACCUACAACAAAACCUACCUUCUGCUGCCUCUUACGUGUGUUCCAACGUUGUGUCAUUAGCUGCGACUGCUUCCCACCUGGACGCUCGAUUAUCGCACCAUGAAUCCUGCUAAAUCAUCGUCCAACGGGUCCGGUGUAAGGGCAACAGCAUCAACAUCGAAACGAUAAGAGCAAAAUAAACGAUCGCGAUAAUGUUGUACUACGGAACGCGGUCAAACGGGUGCAGUUCCCGGUUGACGGUCGGUCGUCGGUAGGCUUAACAGUGCGCAGGACGGGCAAAUCCGCAAAGGGUGGAUUAGGAUAGUGAAGAAUCCUGAAUGUUAACCUCACGUGAUCCGGCGGUUGAUCACGCAGCAAGAACCGAUCUAAGGGAGAUCGGGCAGAGGGGUGGGUAACGCGAACGAGACAGGCUGACUGCGUUCGUGGCGUGUUCCAGCGGUGGCUGCCUGUUGGCGAGAUAAGCCCUGUCCGGUAGCAAUCAUCAUUUGAACAGCCGCAAUUUCGACGGCGAAUCGUUGGACGGCGAACAGGCACUGGCCAUCAUCCGGCGGAACCUGAAGUCGAGCGCGAUGGACACGGAAGGCACACACUUCGACUGCAACUGUCCGCACAUUUUCGUCGUUUUUGGCGCAUCGGGAGAUUUGGCGAAGAAGAAGAUCUAUCCCACACUCUGGUGGCUGUUCCGCGACAAUCUGCUCCCCUCGGACACCAAGUUCAUCGGGUACGCUCGUAGCAAACUGUCCAUUGCUGAGCUGAAGGAGAAAUGUCGUCAGUACAUGAAGGUAAAGGAUGAUCAGCUGGACAAGUUUGAAGAGUUCUGGUCGGUCAACUUCUACGUGGCUGGUAGCUAUGACUCGCGGCGCGACUUUGAGCUGCUCAACCAGGAGAUCAGCAAGUUCGAGGUUGGACGUGCUGCAAACCGUCUCUUCUAUCUGGCGCUGCCACCAUCCGUGUUCGAGUCCGUUACGGUACACAUUCGCAACACUUGUAUGGGAGAGAAGGGCUGGAACCGUAUCAUUGUGGAGAAACCGUUCGGACGCGAUGCGGAAAGCUCGAACGUGCUGAGCGUUCAUCUCGCGAAACUGUUCACCGAGGAUCAGCUGUACCGGAUCGAUCACUACCUGGGCAAGGAGAUGGUACAGAACCUGAUGACGAUCCGGUUCGGCAAUCAGAUCUUCAGCCCGACCUGGAACCGGGCGCACGUUGCUUCGGUGCUGAUCACGUUUAAGGAACCGUUCGGUACGCAGGGCCGCGGUGGAUACUUUGACGAUUUCGGUAUCAUUCGCGACGUGAUGCAGAACCAUCUGCUGCAGAUACUGUCGCUGGUGGCGAUGGAAAAACCGGCCACCUGCCAUCCGGACGACAUUCGCAACGAGAAGGUGAAGGUGCUGAAAAGCAUCAAGGAGCUGUCGAUUGAGGAUGUCGUGUUGGGGCAGUAUGUGGGCAAUACGAGCGGGCCGGAUGAGGAUUCGCGGAUGGGGUAUCUGGACGAUCCGACCGUACCGAAGGGUUCGGUAACGCCAACGUACGCACUGGCCGUGCUGAAGAUCAACAACGAGCGGUGGGAUGGGGUACCGUUCAUACUGCGCUGCGGUAAGGCGCUGAACGAGCGUAAGGCGGAGGUACGCAUCCAGUACCACGAUGUGCCGGGCGAUAUCUUCGAUGGGAAACCGAAGCGCAACGAGCUGGUGAUUCGAGUGCAGCCGGGUGAGGCACUGUACGUGAAGAUGAUGACCAAAUCGCCCGGCAUUACGUUCGACAUGGAGGAAACGGAACUGGACCUUACGUACGGGCAUCGGUACAAGGAUGUUGCGUUGCCGGAUGCGUACGAGCGGUUGAUACUGGACGUGUUCUGCGGUUCGCAGAUGCACUUUGUGCGGUCGGACGAGCUGAGCGAGGCAUGGCGCAUCUUUACACCGCUGCUGCACUACAUCGAGCGGGAGCGGCCGGAACCGAUAAAGUACGUGUAUGGGUCGCGCGGACCGAAGGAAGCGGACCGGAAGUGUGACGAGAACAACUUCAAGUACUACGGAUCGUACAAGUGGCAUCAGAAGCAUUGAAAAGCGCGAGUGGAUGCGCGCGUUUAAAAUUUCGAAUUUAAGUUUCGUAGAAGAAGAUUGUUAUUUAUUUAUACACUGAACGUUAGGCAUUCUUCUACUACUAACGCUACUACUAAACCUAUUACUUCUACUACUACUACUGUAUCAUUCCUGUGGUUUGUUUCGGAACAAUUUCGGAAGCUCGAUCAAGCAAUGCAAAAGGCAAUGUAAUGCAUUUUUCGGAACAGUUUUGUUUUUUUUAAUAAUAAACAUAUUUCAAAAAAAAAAAAA